AAUAAUAUCACUUACAUAUAAUUAUAAUGUCAACAACACAACCAACCGAUGUGCAGUAUCUACGUUGCCUCAAAUGUCUCAAGAUAGUCAAAUGCUCUCGCUAUGAUACCAGUUGUCUGGUGCGUCACGUGCAGAAGGAUCAUCCAGAGAUGCUUGACGAUACUAACGAUAAGGUGUCCAAGUUGGCCGCCGGAAACAGCAUAAGGCAGGAGCGUAUCUUGGAGAUUAGCAGAAUAACUGAGAUGUUAGUGGAGGAAAUGGCCGACAAAGCUGACCGCUAUUUGGAGCGUAAACAGCGCAAGAGCAGCCAAAAGGGAGAAGACGAUUAUAAAAAAUGUGAAAAAAAGCCGAAGGCAGUUGACUCGGAUGAGAUAAACCGACGUCACUACUACCGCAGCUCCAUUGAACGUUGGAUUCCCAUUGAGGGCUGCAUUUAUUGUCCCAACUGUGGCUGCAAGCGCAGCCCACUGAUCAUGACCAGUUGCGAGUUCUAUGCGAGCACCCACUGCUUUUGGCCCUUUUGCUUUUUGCCUUGCCUCAGCACUGGCGACAAUCGUGAGUACCUGCGCUGCUCCAAUUGCAAGAGUUUCCUGGCCAUUUACGAUCGCAAGAGGAAUUGCAUACGUCCGAAUUGGAAAUUUGUGGCCAGGUAGGCCAAGGACUCAGCCCAAAAAUUUAAUAAAUGCACAAAUAUAUGCACAAAUCUAUUUAAAAUACAUAUUUACAAAGGGCAUACCGAAAGCAUAUUCGUGUUUGCUGUUGCGUCGUUAAAAGUUGUCUUAGCAAAGACAGCAACCACAAUUUCACCCACCGAGUACAUAAUAAAGUUCAAUUCGGUUUCCAAACA